AUGUCCCGCCCCACGAGCGAGCAGUCGAGCCUGCGCAGCCAGCCCAGGCGGAAGAGCAUCGAGGCCUUCCGUUCCAGGAGAGCUGCCAAGGUCAUCCAGCGCAGCUAUCGCGGGUACCGCUCGCGGCGAGAGAGCAAGGGCCUCGAACUCGCGGCCUCGACGCGGUGGGUGGCUGCGAUCCAGGAGGCGCAGUUUCGCGAGACGACCAAACCGCGCGCGCGCGAAGCCAUGGCGCCGGAGACGGGCGAGGCGCCCACCAUGCUGUCGAGGGAAGAAGACGGCAAGGUGCACCGGGGUGCCACGGCGCGGGAGAACUGGAAAAAGGCCGCCAUGAUUGCUCGCCGCGCAGGCCACGAUGACGCUGACUGCGACGCGGAAUCCCUGACGCACAUGUCCUUGUCGUCGUCCAGUGAUGCCAAUGAAGAGAUGGCCGAGAAGCGCAAAUGUCGCGAGGAGGCCACGGCGAAGAGGAAGCAAGACUCUCAGAUGAUGGGGCUGCAGUACUUCCUGGAGAUGGUCGACCUCAAGCACCGAUACGGCAGCAACCUACGAACGUAUCACGAAGAGUGGAAAAAGCACGACACAAACGAGAACUUCUUCUACUGGCUCGACUACGGCGAGGGACGAAAUAUCGACAUGGCUGCCUGCCCGAGGGACCGUUUGGAGCGCGAGCAGGUGCGGUACCUGUCGCGAGAAGAGCGGCAGCACUAUCUUGUCAGCAUUGACGAGGAAGGCGCGCUUUGCUGGGCCAAGAACGGCGAGCGUAUCAACACGACCGAGGACUACCGAGACAGCAUUUGCGGCAUCGUGCCCCGCGACGACCCCACCCCAGCGUGGUCGACAGCGCGCGACAUGCCGCCGACGCCGGAGCCUGAAGCGGACGCGAACGACAGCCGAUCCGAGUCGUCGAUCGAGUCGGCCCUCGAGGCGGACCGCGCGGCCAAGUACGCGACGCCCGAAGUCGACGACGAGAAGCCGCAUCGCAAGGUGAUGCACGUGUCGGCGAGCACCAUCUUCAACAAGAUGCUCCGCAAGUCUGUCCGCAAGAACACGUGGAUCUUCGUCGCCGACACCAACUUUCGGCUGUACGUGGGCAUCAAGAGCUCGGGGGCGUUCCAGCACUCGUCGUUCCUCCAGGGCAGCCGCAUCUCGUCGGCGGGGCUCAUCAAGGUCAAGGACGGCAAGAUCAAGUCGCUGUCGCCGCUCAGCGGGCACUACCGGCCGCCGACGUCCAACUUUCGCGCUUUCAUCCGCAGCCUGCGGGAGUCGCGCGUCGACGUGUCGCACGUGUCCAUCUCCAAGUCGUACGCCGUCCUCGUCGGGCUCGAGACGUACGUGCGCACCCGCAAGAAGGGCAAGCACGUCCUGCAGAAGAUGAGCCUGAAGAAGGACAAGCUCGUCGCGCCCGAGGCGGUGGCGCGCCGCGAGGAGGAGGAGCGGGACAAGAGCGAGAGCGCCGCGCGCGAGAGGGAGAUUCUCGAGGCGGAGGCGGCGCGGGAGCAGCGGGAGAGGGAGGAGAAGUCAGCCGCGGUGAAGCUCAUGCGCAAGCUGCAUAUUGCGCCGACAGAGGAUGGCGACGAGAAUGACGCUUCGACGGGAAACAACGCGCAGCAGAGUGCUGGGAAUCAGGUGGACGAGGGGGAUGUUUCGACACGGGGUGGCGCGGCGGCUAGGACCCCGGCGGCCGCUUGA